AAUCCCUUAUGGAACAUUUUUUAAAUUUACGUUCAAAUUUUUGACUAUCACAAAGACUGGGGUCCCUUCAGGCUGUUUAGUGUCUAAGAGACAAAGAUGAAAGACGUCUUGAACCCAUGGGGCAGCUCCAUACAAAGAAAAGUGCCCCACUCCUUAUACACAGUCUUGACAUAAUCAGAUGGAUUUGGUAGUUUAUCUCCACUCUGAAAUUUCACCCUGGUUCCCAAUCUAGUCCUAACUCUUGGGAUUUACAACAGUUGUACCAAAGGAUCCUACAGAUCAGUGAAGGGGAAAAUAUUCUCUAUAUUUGCAGAAGAGGAGAAUGUCGUCCUUUUGUAAACUCUGGGGACCGUCCUACCCCUCAAGGGAUCUCAUCAACUUGUCCAUUUCAAUCUGGGAAAUGAGGGAAAGGAAGCUGUCCCCGGGUAUUUAAAUUCAACUAACUUCUUUCCCAGUUUGUGUUCAUCUACUUUACUUUUUUAACAUUUGACAUUAUCUACAAAACAUUCUAUACUUUUUUUUUUUGUAAUUAUUUUCUGUGUCUUCCUGUAGAACGAAAGCUCCAUAACAAUAAGACACAAAAUUGUGCCUAGAACAGCGCCUGGGACUCAAAAAAGAAAUAUAUAUAUAUGGAAAAAAGAAUGAAUAGGCCCCUAGCAGCAUUAUGGCUGUACUUGUACAAAUGCAUUUUACCGAAAUGAAUAUAUUGAGACUCAGAGAACUCCCGUCACUUUCUCAAGUCAGGAUUCCUGCUCAGAUCUCUUCAUUCUAAUACCUUUGGUCUUACCACAUCACAUGUACCUGGUUCAUAGAAUGCCUUUAUUUAAUAUGAGCUGAGGAAAUUAAACACCAUGUAUAUGUGAGGUGUCUUUUAGUCAUGGAGAUGGACAAUCACACCGUGACUGAGUUCAUCCUAGUGGGCUUCACAACAGACCCUGUGAUGCAGUUGAUCCUAUUUGUGGUGUUCCUUGCUGUGUACUCUGCGGCCCUGGUAGGAAAUACCAUGCUUAUAACAUUAAUCUGUAAUGACUCCCAGCUCCACACACCCAUGUAUUUUUUCAUUGGCCACCUGUCAUUCCUGGAUUUCUGGUAUUCCUCUGUCAACACCCCAAAGAUCCUAAAGACUUGCAUCUCUGAGGACAAAAGCAUUUCCUUUGCUGGUUGUGUAGCUCAGUUCUUCUUCUCUGCUGGGCUGGGAUUUAGUGAGUGUUACUUGUUGGCCACCAUGGCUUAUGACCGCUAUGUGGCUAUCUCAAAACCACUGCUUUAUUCUCAGGCAAUGUCCAUACGGCUGUGCACAUUUUUGGUAGCAGCCUCAUAUCUUGGUGGAUUUAUUAACUCUUACAUCAUCAGCAAAAGAACUUUUGCAUUGAACUUCUGUGGUGACAAUGUCAUUGAUGACUUUUUCUGUGACUUACUUCCCCUGAUGAAGCUGGCUUGUGGCAGAAAAGAUGGUUACCAGGCUCUACUGUAUUUUCUCCUGGCCUCCAAUGUCAUCAUCCCCCUUGUGCUCAUCCUCGCCUCCUAUCUCUUUAUCAUUACCACCGUCUUGAGGAUCCGCUCCACCCAGGGUCGCCUCAAAGCCUUCUCUACCUGCUUCUCCCACUUGAUUUCUGUCACCUUAUACUACGGCUCCAUUCUCUAUAUCUACCGUCACCCCCGAUCUAGCUAUUCCAUGGAAAGGGACAAAAUAGUUUCCACCUUUUACACUGUGGUCUUUCCCACAUUGAAUCCUAUGAUCUACAGCCUGAGGAAUAAAGAUGUGAAACAUGCUCUGAAUAAACUCUUUAAAUAAAUCCAGGUUCUCUUCUUCUAAGGUGAUGCAAAGAAAAUUUUUCUUCUGGUUAUUUGUAUCUCCAGCAGAGCUGCCAUUGUGCUCCAUAAGGAUGAAAAAAAAAAACUUAUGUUCAAGUUAAAGAGUUUUUCCAAACUUGAGACAAUACAAUUCAAGAGAUCUAAGAUGGGAAAAUUAGGGCAAUUUAGGAAACAACAUUUGAAGAUAAAGCCUCAGAAUUUUGAUUGAAUCCCAUUAGUUAGAAACAACCAAAACCAUGGAUAAAAGCAAAAAAAAAAAAAACUAAAAUUCAAAAACUCUCCUCUACCUUUAUAAAGAGAAAUGACAGAAUACUAAUCCCAUUAGCAUAGGAAGACUUUUGGGAGACUUACCUGUAUGGGAUAGUAUCUACAUAGUUAUUUCCUAGAUAGAGGAACAAAUAUCCUGAAUUAAUUUUUAUUAUUUUCCUGUGACUGGUAAUUAGAUGACACUUGUCAUUUUCUAUUUCUUUAACAGAAUUACUUAAACACUUUUAUAUCAUUUUUUUUUUUGAAACAUUCACACAAAAACCCAACAACACACAUGAA